GCCGCCAUUUUUGCAAAGGGAAAAGAGACAGGGUAGAGGGGAUCUAAUUUCUAACAGUCGGCGUAGGUAGGACACAAUUUUAACGGUUAGGAACUGACUGUCAUUAUUGGGUUCCAAUAACUACCAGCGAAAAUUAAUUACAGUAGGGGGAGUCUCAAGAAGACUGCUAUCAGUGUAAAUAUUUUUAAACCUUAUGGAGCCGCAGUGUGGAGUGAAGUAGCUAUUGUUUUGGUUGUGUAGAGAGCGAGGCUCUAGCGACGGGGGUCUCACCCAGGUCGCUGUUUCUUUAUUCAGGGUAUCUACAGUGAGUGGACUUUAACUACUCUUUGUAAUUAGGAGCCCUGUCUGCGGCACUCCCCUUCCAUGCUCUGAGGUUUAUUUAGGAAGAGGAGAGAGACAUCCGGUUGGGGUGGAUGGGGCACAGCGAGGGAGGGCAGAAGGAGCGAGGUGGAGAAAGAGCGAGGGAGUGUUUGUCUUUUUCCUCUGCUUUUUUUGGCAUGUUGGUCCCGUGUGACAGACAGCUCCGCUAGAGGAAGUGGGAGGAGCGUCGGAGGCAGUCACAGCGCUCAGAUUUAGCCUUGUGGAUGCACUUAGAUGUCUGCAAUGAGUGCUGUGGCUGGCAUGCCUCAGUGUUUUGGACUCCCAUGCUCUGGACUCAGUAGGACAAGAAUUGAUCAGCAAAGAACGUCAUGAGCAUAGUGAUCCCUGUAGGGGUGGACACAGCAGACACCUCAUACCUGGAAAUGGCUGCAGGCUCAGACAGACCAGAAUCGGUAGAGGCCAGCCCUGUGGUGGUGGAGAAGUCCAGCUACCCGCACCAGAUCUAUAGCAUUAGCUCUCACCACUCCCACAGUUACAUUGGGCUGCCCUACGCCGACCACAACUAUGGGGCGCGCCCCCCGCCCACUCCCCCGGCCUCCCCUCCCCCCUCCAUGCUGAUCCGGCCAGGCGAGGGGCUGUUUGUGCCGGGGGGUCUGCAGGACGAGGCUUCCAGGGGCACCACACUCAGCACCUCGGAGGACGGCAGCUACGGGGCCGACAUCACACGCUGCAUCUGUGGCUUCACCCAUGACGAUGGCUACAUGAUCUGCUGCGACAAGUGCAGUGUGUGGCAGCACAUAGACUGCAUGGGGAUCGACAGGCAGCACAUUCCUGAGACGUACCUGUGUGAGCGCUGUCAGCCGCGCAUCCUGGACAGAGACCGGGCCAUCGUGCUGCAGACCCGGAAGAGGGAGAACAUGUCCGGUGAGUGGAGAGAUGGCAUACCGGUAUGUAUCUCUGCAGACGGGGACACCAGUGCCACAGAGAGUGGGGACGAGGUGCCGCUGGAGUUGUACACGGCCUUUCAGCACACGCCCACCAGCAUCACACUCACCACCGGCCGCCUGGCGGGCAACAAGCAGGCCGACAAGAAACGCAAGAGGAGCGGAGACAAGGAGCCUGUCGCCUCCUCGGCCCGAGCCAAGAAGGCGUUCCGCGAGGGCUCCAGGAAGUCCUCCAGAGUGAAGGGUGGAGCUCCAGAAAUGGAGCCCGGGGAGCACCCGUCUCUGUGGGAGAACAAGAUGAAGGCUUGGAUGGAGGCCUAUGAGGAUGCCGGCAGCAACCAGUACAGCGAGGACGUCCAGAUCCUGCUCCGCGUCAAGGAGGCCGGCGACGGCAAGACCCUGGCCUACAACACACACACGGCCACCUUCAAACCGCCCGUGGAGAGCCAGGUUCAGAAGAACAAGAAGAUCCUGAAGGCAGUGAGGGACUUGGCUCCAGACUCCCUCAUCAUAGAGUACAGGGGCAAGUUCAUGCUGCGACAGCAGUUUGAGGCCAACGGAUGCUUCUUCAAGAGGCCAUACCCCUUUGUGUUGUUCUACUCAAAGUUUGACGGGCUGGAGAUGUGUGUGGACGCCCGCAGCUUUGGCAACGAGGCCCGCUUCAUCCGACGCUCCUGCACCCCCAACUCUGAGGUGCGACAUGUCAUAGAGGAUGGUAUGCUCCAUUUGUACAUUUACUCUUUGAGGUCCAUCAGCAAAGGCACCGAGAUCACCAUAGGCUUCGACUAUGACUAUGGCUGCUGUAAAUACAAGGUGGACUGUGCAUGUGUGAGGGGGAACCCAGAGUGCCCGGUGCUGAAGCACAACCUGGAGCCCACCGAGAACCUAGAGGCCAGCAGCCGCCGGCGGGGCCGCAAGGACAAGGAGCCCAUGAUGCAGAGAGGGGACCACCUGGACCUGGGCCAGAAUCAGAACAUGACCCUGGACUGUGACGGCAGGGCCAAGGGCCUGGGGGCCGACGGCAAGCAGAGGAAGCUAUCACCCCUCCGCCUCUCCAUCUCCAACAACCAGGAUCCUACAGAGUUAGAGGGUGUAGAAGACCAGCCUGAUCACUCCGUUAACAGUGAAGUAGAGAUGGAGUCAGAGGAGACCAUUGCAGAGAGAAAGAGGAAGAUGGCCAGCCCAGCGGAGGAGUCCCAUCUGCAAGGCGUGGGGGCCUCCAGCUGUCUGGGACUGAGUAAACCGGAGACCCGUGAAGAGAGGAAGAUGGAGGCCAUCCUGCAGGCCUUUGCCCGCAUGGAGAAGAGGGAGAAGAGGCGGGAGCAGGCCCUGGAGAAGAUCGGCACCAAGUCAGAGGGGGGCAUCAAGGAGGAGCCCCCUGCCACCCCCGAGGCCGACAUGCAGUCUCCUGGUAUCAUGACGCCCCUGCUAGAGGUGAAGGAGGAGCCGGGUCUCAACAAGCCCACGCCGGCCAAGCUGCGAGGCAGCAAGCAGAGGAAGAGCUUCUCGCGGAGCCGCACCCACAUCGGGCAGCAGCGGCGGCGAGCGCGCACCAUCAGCACCUGCUCUGACAUACCUCCUGGCUCGCCCGGGGAACUCCUGGACCCCCUGGCCAAUGACAGCCCAGACGUAGAGGCUUCCAGGGACCCUGAACCAGAGGCCCUCUCCUCCCAUGCCCCCGACACCAGCCCCCCUUACAGUGGCUCCCUGGCCCCUGACAGAAACCGCUCCGGGCAGAAGUACCCCAAAACUAAAAAGCACUUAGUGAGUGAGUGGUGCGUCGACAAGCAGGAGCGGUCAUUGCGGACCCCAGAGCCGGUCCCGGAGAGGCCCCUGAGGAUCAGCAGCGACCCGGAGGUGCUGGCCACCCAGCUCAACGCCCUGCCCGGCAUGGGCCCCAGCCCACAUGUCUACAGCACGCCCAAACACUACGUCCGCUUCUCCUCACCCUUCCUGGCCAACCGCAGCCCCACCACCCCUGGGGUGCCCACCGGACGCCGGCGUUCCCGCGAGCUGCCCGACACGCCGCCCACCUCAGGCUCCUGCAAGAAGCGCUGGCUGAAGCAGGCUCUAGAGGAGGAGACCACCACCCCUCCACCCACCCUGGUCAUGCCCAGCGAGGGCCCUCUCAGCCCCCCUAUCAACGGGGACUCUGACAGCCCCCUCCCCUACAACGGCAGCUGCACCUUGCCAGAGUUGCCCACUCCUCUGAAGAAGCGGCGCCUGGGUCUGUGUCCGCUGGAUGCCUGCAUGUCAGAGAGCUCCACCCCUUACGGCUCUCCCUGCGCCACGCCAACCCGGGCCGACCUAUCAGAGAUUCCGGGUACACCCCUGCUGCUGGCCACGCCACCCCGCAUCACCCGUACGGAGGAGCCGAGCCCCGAGCCUCUACCUAGCACCCCCACACACACACUCAGUGCCCCGCAGGAAAGCGAGUCUUCUCUGGACAGCUCACCAGAGGGCAGUCGCAGACCCAGCCCCCAAGAGGCUGAGUGGCCACCUUCGCUGCUCUCCUCCCCCUGUGUAGCGGUCAGGGCUCCCAGUCUGGACGCGUUGCCCCCCCACGAGGCCAAGACCAGCGCCCCCCUGAGCCCCCAGCCCCCCACCGCCGAGUCCCAGGACUGUGGGGGAGAGGAGGGGCCAGAGACGGAGGCCGAGGGCAGCAGCGAGGCCCCUUCUUCCUCCACAGAUCCAGCCUCUUCCUCCCUCCUCCCCCCCUGGAUGAAGAGUCCAGAGAGAGUGGGUCUGUCAGGGCCAGGGGGUCUGUCCUUCUCCCCCAUCAACUCUAACCUGAGGGACCUUACCCCCUCACACACCCUGGAGCCCAUCUUGGCCUUCAGGCCUGAGGCGGUGGCUGUGGCUGGGGCUGGUGUUGUGGCAGUGACAGUACCAGUACCCUUGGCAGCAGGACCCUUCACAGAGGCUGCAGGGUCUCUCUUCUACCCCUGCCCUGAGGAGGGGGGAACCCUGGCCUUCUCUCGUUCAUUGAGUGGAGACAGCACCGGAGAGGGAGGGUCAGGACAGAAUCCCCCACAGAAGAAAAAGGUAUCUUUGCUGGAGUACAGGAAACGUCAGCGCGAGGCGCGGCGCAGUGGCUCCAAAAUGGAAUGCGGCUCGCCUGUCUCUACAACACCUACCCUGGUGGAGAUGAUCCCUCUGCCCUUGGAGACCACCCAAGAGCCCCCACCCCUGGCUCCUGCUCCGGCCCAAGCCCCAGUGGCCCCUGCUGCAGUGGCCCCCACCUCGCCUGAGUCAAAUACCCUCCAGCCCAGCGAGGACACAGAGCCCCCCGUCGAGGGGGAGAGAGAGGGGGGGAGAGGGACAGUGGACCUCGUCCACCUCGGUGGAGCAGGCAAGAGAGCGUGGCUACCACAGAGCCCUGUCGCUUAGUGACCACAGCAAGGACAAAGAUGGAGAGACCGAGGGCAGUGAGGCCCCAGUCAGAGAUUGUUCAUCUCCUAGCCUGCAGAGGACCCCAACCCACACGUCUCUCUCUCCUCCCUAGCCGUGUUCUCCUGGUCCCAUCAGCCCGUCCCAGCCUGGCAGUCGCCCAGUGAAGGAGGAGGAGAGUGACAGCCGGCCUCGGACCCCCUCCCAGGCCGCCCCACAGCAGCCCAGCAAGCCUGCCG